GUCACUCUCCUCUCUGUGUCCUUUCCAGCCACAGCAGAAGCCAUCAUGUACUCUCAGACCUCCUCCAGCUCCAUCAGGAUGUCCCGAUCCGGGGGCUCCAUGAUUGGCGGCAGCAGCGCACGAAUGUCGAUGAGGGCCGGCAGCGUGUGCGGCGGUGCUGGAGGCUCUGGGACCCGCAUCUCCUCUGCAAUCUCCCGGGGUGGGAGCUUCGGUGGUGGGAGCUUCGGUGGUGGUUUCGCUAAUGGCUUCGCUAGUGGCUUCGGUGGCGCCAGCGGUGGCUUCUCGUCCUCCAUGAGCUACAGCGUGUCUGGCAUGGACGACAGCGUGAUCGGCAACGAGAAGUUCACCAUGCAGAACCUGAACGACCGCCUGGCCACCUACCUGGCCAAGGUGCGCGCCCUGGAGAAGGCCAACGCCGAGCUGGAGCUGAAGAUCAGGCAGUAUGUGGAGAGCAAGGUCGGCCCUGCCACCCGCGACUACAGCGCCUUCUUCGUCACCAUCGCUGACCUCCAAACGAAGAUCCAGAACGCCGUCAAACUGAACGGAUCCGUCCACCUGAACAUCGAUAACGCCCGCCUGGCUGCCGAAGACUUCCGGACCAAGUUUGAGAACGAGCUGGCCAUGCGUCAGUCAGUGGAGGCCGACAUCGCCGGGCUGAGGAGGGUCCUGGACGAGCUGACUCUGGCCAGAACCGACCUGGAGAUGCAGAUCGAGGGCCUGAAGGAGGAGCUCAUCUUCCUCAAGAAGAACCACGAGGAGGAGCUGCUGGCCAUGCGCUCUCAGAUGAGCGGCCAGGUCCAUGUGGAGGUGGACGCCGCUCCUCAGGAGGACCUCACCAAGGUCAUGGCGGAGAUCAGAGAGCACUACGAGGCUGUUGCUGCCAAGAACCAGAGGGAGCUGGAGACCUGGUUCCAGAACAAGAAAGAGGCUUUGAACAAAGAGGUGGUCAUCCAGACCACCACCCUGCAGACGUCUCGCACAGAGAUCACAGAGGUCAAACGUACGUUGCAGUCUCUGGAGAUCGAGCUGCAGUCCUUGUUGGGCAUGAAAGCGUCGCUGGAGGGAACUCUGGCAGAGACACAGAGCCGCUACGCCAUGCAGCUGUCUGGCUACCAGACGCAGGUGACGUGCCUGGAAGAGCAGCUGGUGCAGCUUAAGGCCGACAUGGAGAGGCAGUCCCACGAGUACAAGAUGCUGCUGGACAUCAAGACCAGACUGGAGAUGGAGAUCGCCGAGUACAGGAGGCUGCUGGACGGAGAGGCCAGCAGCAGCUCCAGCAUCAGCAGCUCGUCCUCCUCGAGCACAUCGACCCGACGGGUGGUAACAGUGGUGGAGGAGGUGGUCGAUGGGAAGGUGGUCUCCACUUCUUCCAAAUCUUCAUCUUCAUCUUACAAGCUGACGAAUUAAGUGUGGAUGACAGCAGAGCAUCAGUUUGUUUUCUCUGUUCACUCAGCAGAGAAUCUGAUCAGAAAAUAAAACGAGAGUCCAAAGAAA